GGAUACUGCUCUACAACGUGUUGAAGAAAAUUUCACGUGUGAACAUUUUUAUCUCCCACCGACAGUCAGACGUUGGAACAAAAAGUGACAGAUAAAUCGGCGGUGAACAGGUCUUGUCUUGGUCAUGGGUCGGAAGUUGGAUCCCACCAACAAGGUGAAGAGAGGGCCGGGGAAAAAAGCCAGGAAACAACAGGGAGCAGAGACCGAGUUGGCCAAGUUUAUAACUGAUGAGGAAACUGGAUCAAAACGUCUGUCAAGUAGAGCUAGGAAAAGAGCUGCAAAGAGAGUCCAGAAUUUGAAAAAGCCUAAAGAUGUUGCUGAGGAACAGCCCAAGAAAGGAUUCACUGAUGAGAACAGUAAAUGGUUGAAACCAGCAAAGAGGAAGCGCAAAAUUGAUGAACCUGAAAGUGAGGAUGACAGUGAUGAUCACUGGGAGGAAGAGGAGGAGGAGGAGGAAGAGCAGCAGCAGCAGAAGAAAAAAGGAGGAAAAGACCAAGGAAAGAAGGGUACAAAGUCAGCAGUGAAACAGCUAGAGGAAGAGGAGGAUGACGAUAACGGUGAAGACGUUGACGACGAUGAUGAUGAUGAUGACGACGAUGACGAGGAAAUGGUUGACGACUACGGCACGCUUGAUGAUGGUAGUGGAGAUGAAGCAGCAGAAGAAGAAAGUGAUGGAGAGGAGCUCCUUCCUAUUGAGCGUGCAGCCAAGAAAGAGAAAAAACUGAAAGAAACCAUGGCUCUAGACGAAGAUGAUGAUGACGAUGACGAUGAAGAUGAAGAUGAUGAUGAAGAGGAAGAGAAAUCAGAUGAUGACAUGGAUGAGGAAGACACGGUACAAACCAACAUAGAUGAAAUGGAUAAAUUUAGGCUACCCGGGGCAGAGGAGAGUGAGAAAGAAAGUGUCCUGCCUCUUGACCUGAAGACGAUUCAUCAAAGAAUAAAGGACAACAUCGAUGUCCUUUGUAAUUUCUCAACAAAAAGGGAGGAGGGGAAAGAGAGAGCAGAGUACAUCUCUCUGCUGAAGAAAGAUCUCUGCACCUAUUACAGCUACAACAACUUCCUCAUUGAGAAGUUAUUAGACCUUUUCCCUCUCUCAGAGCUGGUUGAUUUCCUUGAGGCCAAUGAGAUUCAGAGACCUGUCACUAUUCGGACCAACACGCUGAAAACGAGGAGGCGGGACCUUGCACAGGCCCUGAUCAACAGAGGAGUGAACCUUGAUCCAUUGGGCAAGUGGUCUAAAGUGGGUUUGGUGAUCUAUGACUCUUCAGUACCUAUUGGCGCAACGCCAGAGUACCUGGCUGGUCAGUACAUGCUGCAAGGAGCCUCCAGUUUUCUGCCUGUCAUGGCACUUUCUCCACAGGAGGGAGAGUUGGUGUUGGACAUGAGCUCAGCUCCAGGCGGCAAAACCACCUAUAUUGCUCAGCUGAUGAGGAAUACAGGGGUGAUCGUGGCUAACGAUGCUAACGCUGAAAGAUUGAAGAGUGUGGUGGGAAACAUCCACCGUCUGGGCGUCACCAACACCGUGGUCUGCAACUACGAUGGCAGGCAGUUCCCAAAGGUAAUGGGUGGGUUUGACAGAGUACUGCUUGAUGCUCCGUGCUCAGGCACAGGGGUCAUCUCUAAAGAUCCAGCUGUGAAGACCAGCAAGGAUGAGGCAGACAUCCUGCGCUCCGCUCACCUGCAGAAAGAGCUGAUUCUGUCUGCCAUAGACUCUGUCAAUGCUGAGUCUCCCUCAGGAGGAUAUCUGGUCUACUGCACAUGUUCGAUAAUGGUGGAGGAGAAUGAAUGGGUGGUGGACUACGCUUUAAAGAAAAGGAACGUCAAAUUAGUUCCCACAGGACUUGACUUUGGAAAGGAAGGCUUCACUAGGUUCAAAGAACGCAGAUUCCAUCCUUCUCUUCGACUGUCUCGGCGAUUUUACCCUCAUUCCCACAACAUGGACGGGUUUUUUGUGGCCAAACUGAAGAAGUUCUCCAAUGUAAUUCCAACUGUGCCAGCAGGGAAAGAAGAAGAGAAUUCAGAGGCUCCUGAUGUGACAGUAGUUACAGAAGCUCCUCAGGAGAAACCAUCCAAAAGCAACAAGACCAACAAGACUGUCACCGGUACGGCAGGCGGCUCAAAGAAAAAAGCCCAAGCCAAUGGAACAGCUGCCAAGGAAAAAGCAAACACCAAGUCAAAAGGCAAAAAAGACUUAUCCACUGGACCAAAAAAGGCAAAGGUCGCCAAGAUGGAUGGAGAGACUGUGAAAGUGUCAGAGGCCAAGAAGCCUGCAGUGAAGACAACUGAGGAGACUAAAGCAUCAAAAGCUGACAAAAAGGAAGGGAGCAGAUUUGAGAAAAAACAGGCCAAAAAGACAAAAUCACCCAUGAAGGCAAAGAAUAGAAUGGGAAAGAAUAAAUUCAAAAAGCUGAAGAAUAUGUUGAAAAAACAAGAAGGAAAAUGACAUUGGAAACAGUGGGUGAACAUGUGCUAGAUAAUGUAAGAGCUUUUUAGAGCUUGGUCACAGUCACAGAUCCAUUUCCCUUCAGUUCAAGUCAGUAUGCUCUACUGUCCUUUCAGAGCAGCGAUACUGUAUUUGUCAUAUAUGAUUGUAACACAGUGUUGUACAGAUGGAUUGGACUGGUCAGUUAUUCUCAUUUAAGUUUAGUCCUCCUUUUAUUUGUAUUGCAGAAUAUUCAUUGUGUUUGUUGAUUUAAUUUCAGGGUGGGACAGCUUUCAGAAAUCUGUGAUACAUAAUAAAUCUUUUAAGAUA